UUUUUUUUUUUUUUUGCUGUGUUUUGGAGGCUUUUCUAUGUUGCCUGGGUGGGUACACAGAUGGUAUGUUUAGCCAAAGCAUGAGGGGUAAUUUGGAAAUAAAUGGAAGUUUGAGUCUGUGGACACAUCUGAUGCAUUUGUGUGCUCUGUGUAUAUGUCUGGGUCCGUGUGACAGACAACCAAAGCUUGUAUGCCUUGGGGUCCUUAGGCCUCUGGGUUGGAACAUGGCUGACACUCACCUGGCAGUCUUUGACCUUCUUGGGAGUAGGUAGGCCAGAGGAGUAGUGAUCGUGACCGGUAAUGAGAACACAGUGUCCCAAGUAAUGGCAAAAGAAGCUUUAACCCCGGGAGGAGAUGGACGGGGUCAGACCCAGCCCGCUUCAGGCUUUUUGAAGCCCACAGGCCUUUUCAGGGCCGGCCUGGAUCCCUAGGGAGACAAGCCCUCAUCUCCAAAUUUGAAAAUGUCUGCCUACCUCCACGUCUACCCCUAAUUGGUGCCAAUUCUGUCCACUUGGCCAUUUAAGCAAAACAAAUCUCCACGUAGCUUGGAGUCGACCCUUAUCAGGAGCCGGUCAGGGUGUGAACGGGCUGUGCUGUUGGGCAGCUGGCCAGCCAGGUUAACAGCCUCAGACUGGGGCUGGUGGUGUGUCCUUGUGCUGGCAAAUGCUAGUGUGGUAUGCUCAGGACCUCACAGACUGAGUUUCCACCGUGACAAGGGAUGAAACCAGCACCCAGUCUCUCUUCCCUCUCCCCGCUCUUCCCUGCUACUUUUCUACUUCUAUUACAGCUCUCAUGCCCCAGGCAGCCAGGAAGUCUCCCCUCCCUUCCCCCUCUUUCUGGUGGGGCUCAGGACCUCUCAGAGAUGGGAGAGUUUAAACACGUGUUCUCUCCCUCUCUGCACCCCACCCACCUUUGGCUUGCAGACUGCUGCAAGCUGUUUUCCUCCCCAGAAGAACACUGCAGCAGAAAGCAGUAAACACUCCGGAGUCUCCCAAACACUCGCUCAGUUGGCUAGAGUGCCGCCACCGGUAGACGGGUAGAUGCUGCUCAGUGGCCUCAAACAUGCAGAGUAGCUGAAGAUGACCUUAAAAGUCUGAUCCUCCUGCCUCGACCCGAUGAGUACUGGGAAUACAGGGGAAUGGUCUAGCAGCUUAUCGAGCCUGUGCAUCAUCCCCCAGCAGUUCUGAUCCUGCUCUGCUUUGGCCUCCAUUUGGCCGUAGGUUUAGUCUCCACUGCCAGCUGCCAUGGGCAAGCAGAACAGCAAGCUGCGUCCUGAGGUGCUGCAGGACCUGCGGGAACACACGGAAUUCACCGACCAUGAGCUUCAGGAGUGGUACAAGGGCUUCCUCAAGGACUGCCCCACUGGCCACCUGACUGUGGACGAGUUCAAGAAGAUCUACGCCAACUUCUUCCCCUACGGCGAUGCCUCCAAGUUCGCUGAACACGUCUUCCGCACCUUCGACACCAACAGCGAUGGCACCAUCGACUUCCGGGAGUUCAUCAUUGCUCUGAGUGUGACCUCUCGGGGCAAGCUGGAACAGAAGCUCAAGUGGGCCUUUAGCAUGUACGACCUGGACGGCAAUGGCUACAUCAGCCGCAGUGAAAUGCUGGAGAUAGUGCAGGCCAUCUACAAGAUGGUGUCCUCCGUGAUGAAGAUGCCUGAGGACGAGUCCACGCCCGAAAAGCGAACAGACAAGAUCUUCAGACAGAUGGACACAAACAAUGAUGGCAAACUGUCCCUGGAAGAAUUCAUCAAAGGUGCCAAGAGCGACCCAUCCAUUGUCCGGUUGCUGCAGUGUGAUCCCAGCAGUGCUAGCCAGUUCUGAGGGGAAUGGGCUUUUGGACAUUUGUGAGAAACACAGGCUUGGCCUGCCAUGUUCAGCUUUGCUUGUAAAAGUGGAUUCCUCCGUGAUCUCUCCUGCUCUCCCAGGACCUGGGUCCAGGCAGCAAUCGCACCCUCCUGACCUGGCCAACUGUGGCUUCCUCCUCCUCCAGUUCAGGCUGGCUCCUUCCAAUGGUUCAAGUGUUCUCGGCUGUAGGGCUCCUUCCUGCCCACAGAGGGCCUGGCGGCCCUUAAGGACACCAGACAGGACUUUUCAGUAUCUUACCAAGACCAGCUAAUUUAUUCUAUGAUCCCAGAUGACUUUGUGAGGAUGAAAAAGAUGGAGAGUAGACAGGCAAGCCCUUCCUGUGCAUGGCUCCACCUCCCUUGUUCAUUUUCUCUGACCAAAGCCGCUUGCAUGUAUAUACCGUGGUAUCCUUACUUUUAAUAUAUGAGUUAUAUGUACGGUGAGAUGGACUAUAAUGUUCAGCCCCUGUAUUUAAUGCCUCUGACUGCCUUUGAAGCAUGGUCCCCUGUGGCCUGUGAUUCCCCCCACCCCCAAGUCUGGCUGUGCUGUGAUAUUUAUGCAUUCAUGAUUUGCCUGAUUCCACAGGAGAUACAUGCAUGCCCAGGGCUGUGGACAUCUGCCUCCGUCCUGUAAAUGCAGGUGUUUCUGUGUGCUCUGUCCUUCCUGUCGAUUGGUCUGGCAUAUUAAAAUGAUCAAAUAAACCAAGGUCUGUGA